AUGUCGAGUAAACCGUCCGCGCCGAGCACGCCUCAGCCAUCCGCAAUUACUCCGCUAACUGUGGAGGAAGAAGAUGCUAUCAUCCACUCUCGAAUUACGAAUGACGAACGUGCACUACGUCGGGUCAUCAAAAAAUUUCAUGGCUACACCUCAGUCGCCCAUGAGCCCAUUGUCCCCAUUCCAUCGAGCUCCAUCAGUAUCGAGGAUGCGCGAGACGCGUUUUUAGUGGAGCUUGCCUCCUUCAGUCUACAGCUGAAGAAAGCAGUUAUGGUCUGUGAGGCAGAGGCGCGGCAGGUCGAAGAGUACCAUAGGGAAAGACAGAGAAUUGAGGAUGAGAGAGUUGCACUCAGAGGGCAGAUCGAACAACUGAAGACGUCCUUGGAGCAUGCGCAGCUGGAGCGCCGGCGGAAGAUCGAAUAUGACCUUGUUGCCGAGAAGAUCAACACUCUUCCAAGUCGACAGGAACUCCAGCGAACAAUAGACUCUCUUGAGAGUGACAUGACCGCUAUUCGCGUGGAUCAUGAUGCUCAAAAUCGCCUUAUUCACGCUCAAAAAUCUGCUUUGGUCUCGAUAAUCUCCGAACUUGGUUCUUUGCGCCUUAUGGGCAAGGAUACAGAGACCCCGCGCGAUACCACACCAGCGCUUGACACCGUUGGGAGCGAUGGCGAAGUACCGCUCUCCAUUGUCACAGCUGCCGACGCGGACACUGAGAAGGAAGAAGGCGAAGAGGAUAGGCAGUCGUCUGACGAUGUGCCUCUUUCGGCUACGCUCAAUCCUGGCCCGAGAGCCUUCUACGCCUCACGAGAUUCCGUCGCUACAGGAUCACGGAGUUUGCGCUCACGCACUGGUCUGUCGUCUGCUCCGCAGUCUGCUGCCGUCUCGCGUGCAGCAUCAAAAUCGAUCGAGGAUGAUGAUAUUGAGAUGGGCGAGCUGACGGAGGAACCCAAGGAUUCGAGGACGAAGGUAAAAGUUCGGGAGUUGGAAGAGGGUGAGGCUAGUGACGAGAGUAGUGAAUUGUCAGACCCUCCAGACGAUUGA